AAGGAGAAACCGCGACUGACGGAACAAGAGAAAAAGAACAAUCAUAUCGCCUCGGAGCAGAAGCGCCGCGCCGCGAUUCGGGAAGGGUUCGAUCGUUUGACGGAGCUUGUCCCUGGCCUGGAGGGGCAGGGGCGCAGUGAGAGUAUUGUGCUUCGGAAGACGGUGGAUUUCAUCCAGCUACAGCUCCAGGAGCGACAGGAGUUGGUGGCAGAGAUUGAACGCCGGGGCGGGCAUAUUGACGAUGCCUUUCGG